AUGAUGUUAAUACAACUGUUCGUACCUCGACCAAGUUCACACUCUGAUGCUGAUUGGGCUCGUUUCUUUCCCAAAAGGAACGACCAAUAUGACACCAACAAUCGUUUGGCCGAUCGGAUUUGGAAUGUCAGACAAUGGCGUGAUCAAUUGAGUCUUCAGCUGGGACGACUGAAAGAAAGAUUAGCCGACCUGAAAGAUGCGAAACGUGUCACAGAAGAUUAUAUGGUCAAAAUCACAGAUGCACAACAGGUGAAUACGGAAUCGCUCACAUUUGUCGAUCGACGCAAACAGACGGAGUAUAUUUCUGAUCCGGUUGAAACAGAACUGAAAGAGGAGCAAACACUGUUGAAAGAAAUUCAACAAACCCUUCAAACUCAAAUUCGUGAGGCUUUUGAAAAGUUGAAUCAGAUGGAAGAAGCGGUCGGUCAAUUCUGCAUUGAUAUCGAGGAUAAAGAUGAGGCGAUGCGCAUUGAUGUGGACCAGUAUAAUCUGAAUGAACGUUCGGCUUACGUAACGUACAAACCGUUUGUAAACCGAAAACCCAACCCACAAGUUGACCUACAAACAUGGGAAGAUUUGAGUCGCUCCCGAUUGGAUCGGGCGAGAGAAGAAAUAGCCCGUGGAAACGAAGUGAUUCAUCGAUUACAUUUGGGUCUACACCAAGCGGUCAAUCGCAUGGGUGCCAAAGCCGAACGAGUUGAAGAUGCGAUUCGUGUGCGUUUGCAUGACACUGAACGUGCGAUUGGGGAACUGGAAUUCCAGCAUCGUGCGGUAAGCGUAUUGGAUUUUCAUGAAUUUUUAUCAUCAACUGAGAUCUAUGGGGGUAAAGAUAAAUUUGGCUACAGGAAAUAUUUCUUUCCCAUAUCUGGCAUCUGA